AUGUUACAAAUCUAUCACGAGCUGAGCAACUGUUCACCGUCCCGACACCAAGAUGUCUACAUCUUUGCCAUAACCCCUCUCGCCGACCGUGCCCUCGCCACCAUUACCUCUGCUGACGAGCUCCUACUUCUACCGAGAGAUCGUCUCCGUGCAUCCGACCUGACCAGAAUCCCCAAUGUUCCCCAUGGUCUCACAUCCCUAGUUUCCGCGGAUACCGGAACAACAGCAAUCUGUGCCGGUAGUGAUGGAGUCGUUGCAUUUUUCGACAUCCGAACUUCAUCAAAAAUUGCCCAAUUUCGAAUAGAAAAACCUGUCGAUGCAUUAGCUUGUAAAGGCCAUGAUGUGGCUUUUGGAAGCGACGCUCUCGUCUCUAUUUGGGAUCGUAGACAGACAAAAAUACGCUGGCAAAAUACCGAGAUCAACGACGAGGUUACUGCAUUGAACUUCCAUCCAUCCCAGCAUAACCUGCUUCUUUCUGGAGGCGAUGAUGGCUUGGUCAGCAUUUUCAACAUCCAGAUCCCAGAAGAGGAAGAUAGUCUUGUCCAAGCCGUCAGUCAUGGUCCAAUCCACAAAGCCGGAUUUCUUGGUCCAUCCGACAUUUACGCCUUGAGUUCAGAUCAGAACCUUGCUCUGCAUUCUCUCACCAUCGAAUCGACAAACGCAGAUGCACAAGAAAAUGAGAUACCACCAGAUCAGCUGGGAGAUUUGAGACCAGUCGUCCCUUGUGAAUAUGUGAUUGACAUUGUACACUCUGGUCCGGACCACAUCGUGGCUUGUGGAUCACAUAGGCGAGCUGACUCACACCGCUCGAGAGUAGAUCUGGUCAAAAUCGAUCGGGCCCACCAGCUCAAUCUUGAUCAGCGCAUUGUCCUUGAACAUGCUCAUGGUGGGGAAGUCGUUCGCUCGAUCUUUGCGGACGAACCCAGCGGAGUCAUUUUUACGGCGGGGGAAGAUGGAAGAAUUGCAGCCUUCGCCGCAUCUGAAACCAAAGUUCCAUCAGGGACUCCAUCCAAAGCAUCAAAAAUCAAGAAAGGAGCUGACGUGAGAUACAAGCCAUAUUGA